AUGAAUAAUUCUAAGAGAAGGAUUGAAACUGAUGUUAUGAAACUGUUGAUGUCUGAUCAUAAAGUUACUUUGGUUAAUGAUAAUAUGCAAGAGUUUCAUGUCAAAUUUCACGGUCCUAAGGACACUCCCUAUGAACAUGGUGUUUGGAGAUUACACGUGGAGUUACCUGAUAAUUAUCCUUACAAAUCUCCAAGUAUAGGUUUCGUGAAUAAGAUUUUUCAUCCAAAUAUUGAUGUAGCAUCUGGUUCUAUUUGUUUAGACGUUAUUAAUUCUACUUGGUCGCCUUUAUAUGACUUGAUUAAUAUCGUAGAAUGGAUGAUACCUGGUUUGUUAAAGGAACCUAAUGGGAGCGAUCCAUUAAAUAAUGAAGCUGCCACUUUACAACUUAGGGAUAAAGUUCUUUACGAACAAAAAAUCAAAGAAUACAUUGAUAAGUACGCUACUCCUGAAAAGUAUGAUUCUAUGUUUGGUAAUGAUGAAAAUGAAGAUGAUGAAGAUGAAGAUACCGAUUUAUCUGAUGAUGAUGAACUGGGCAGAAAAGAAAAGCCGAAGAUGAUGAAUUAG